AUGCCGUUCCUUAGCUCUCAGAUCCCUCCGCUCGGUGUCAGCUCUUCGUACGAUGCCGAGUCAUGGGAAGAACAGGCGUUCGCCAGAGACUCCGCAGGAGAUUUAGGAAGCUGCGUAUGGCCUCCCAGGUCGUAUUCGUGCAGCUUCUGCGGGCGAGAGUUCCGAUCAGCUCAAGCACUCGGUGGCCACAUGAACGUGCACCGGAGGGAUCGCGCCAUGCUUAAACACUCUCCGAGCCUCGAUUCCUGCACACCAACAGGCGCGGCAUGUCCGCCCCCGAUCGCCUCUCUGGAUCAGAGAGCUCUUGUCAACCCUAACCCUAAUUCAUCGUCUAUCUCUACUAGGGUUCCUGCUGCUGCAUCCAGACUGGAGUGGAAGGAACGCGACUCCAUAUCUCCCUUGUACUCCUCGUCUGUUGUCGGGGAGAACCGAAAGCGAUCGCUCUUCUCCACAGCUACAACCAGCACCGAAUCAGCAACUCUACAGCUAUUCUCUCUCCCAGAACUAAAUCUGCACAAGAGGAAUUCUCAAAGGUGGAAAGAUGAGGACGAUAGCGAUGACUACAACAGCUGCUGCAAGAGAGUUAGGAGAACCGACUCAGUGCAUCCCUUCCGUGUUCGACCAUCUUCUUCGGGGGAGACGCAACCGCUGCACCCUGAGGUCCUCAAACAUGAUCAUGGCCCCGUUGAAGAGUUGGAUCUUGAGCUUAGGCUUGGAGACAGCCCUCAGGUUAAACCUUUGUGCUUGGAUGAAGAUAGAUAG